AUGGAGAUUUCACAUGAUCUAGAAACUGAAUUAUACAGAUCUAUUGAGGCAAACAUCUCUGCUGCAGCUUCUGUACCUGGACCAGGUGACAAAAAUGCAUUGAAACCUGAAGUUGUCAGCCCAUCUUCUCCAAGUACUAACAAUGGAAGCCCUUCAACUGUAAGUACUGAUAUUCAUGUCCCUGGAGAAGCGUUCGAGACAACAGAGCAUUCGCAGAUGUCACAUGAUCUAGAAGCUGAAUUUCAAAUGAGCGAACCAUCUUUAUCAGAGUUUCUGUUUGGCCAAAUUGCUAUGAAAAGUGAUGUAAGGGCUACUUCAUCUGUGGAAAUUAACAAUUGCGUCCAGAAUGAAGCAGUCGACAGGUUUUCAUUUCAGGCUGAAAUCAGUGGAACAGAGGAGGUUCUUUCACUACCAAAAGUUAAUAUGAAGAGAUCAAUUCAUUGUACUCUAGAGAAGAUUUUUGAAGCCUUUCAGGAUUCUAAUCGCAGAAGAAUAGGUGUUUAUGGAAGAGGGGGUAGUGGCAAAACUACCAUGCUAAAAAACUUGUUCCAUCAUUCUGCAACAAAGGAGUUGUUUGACCAAGUCCUUUUUGCUCUAGUAGACGGAAAGUUUCUGGUGCUUUUGGAUGAUGUUUGGGAAUCAAUUAACUUGCAUGAAGUUGGAAUACCAAAUCCUGAUCCAGAGAAUAGUUGUUGGUUGGUAUUGGCUACUAGGUCUCUGGAUAUAUGCAAUGUCAUGGCUGAUAGGGAGAUAGAAAUGGAGGUUCUCUCUGAUGCGGAAGCUUUGGAAUUAUUUUACUGUCAACUGGGAGAUAUAAUUGAUUCUCCAGAAAUUAAGUCCUACGCUCAAGCUAUUUCCAAGGAAUGCUAUGGCUCUUCAGUGAUAAUUUCUGCCAUUGGAAGUGCCUUAAGAGAGGAAAACAGUAUUGAACAAUGGAAGCUUGCACUGAGAAAUCUUCAGUCAGGUGAUACAGCUAGCACAAAUGAUCAUCUUUUUUUUAACCCGCACAUAAAAUAUUGUUAUGAUAGAUUGAAAGCUCGUGACGUGAAGAAUUUCUUUCUUUACACCGCAUUGUUUCAACAAGAUAAAGAAAUUGAUAGUUCCAUGCUGGUAGAUCGCUUCAUUAGUGAAGGCUUAGUUGGUAGGUCGACAGUGGCUGCUUAUAAAAAGGGACAUGAUAUUGUAGUGCGUCUUACAAACGCUUCUUUGUUAGAGGCUAAUGAUGACGGUCUAAUGGUUAAGAUGCACAAUGUGGUCAGGGAUUCAGCAUUGGAAAUCCUUUCAUCAGGUAUAGAAGGUUAUCAAGUAUUAAUGAGAUUUCCAGAAUCAGAUAAGGAUGAAGAUCGAUCCUUUCACGAAAGUAGCUGGGCUAACAAUAACAAGCUGGUUGACAAGUUCGAUUCAUUCAGCAUCCAGAUGCCUAGAAUUCACAAAUACUUGACUAGAGCUGGUGCUCAUUUGAAGGAAUCUCCGUCACCUGAAGAAUGGGAGCAAGCUACUAUGAUGUUCUUGAUGGAUAAUGAGUUGUCAAGUCUUCCAAGCAAUCCAAGAUGCUAUAAUUUAAUAGCAUUGUUCCUUCAAAGAAACAGCUCCUUAAGGGUGAUACCAACAUCCUUUUUUGACAGCAUGUCUACUCUUAAAAUUCUGAAUCUCUCCAAAACCAGAAUAAAGUCUUUACCUGAUUCCUUUUCUAGACUCAAAAGCCUCCAAGUCUUACUGCUGCGAGAUUGUGAGCGCUUGCUUGUGCUUCCUUCAUCAAUUGGAUUUCAUAAAUCUCUGAAGGUGCUUGAUCUUCAAGGUACCGAGGUAACCCACUUGCCUGAUAGUAUUGGUAAAUUAGAAAGCCUGAAACAGUUGAGAGUUUCAUUCUAUGGAUCCAUUAAUCGUUGUGAAUACAAUAAGUUGCCUUCAAAGUUGGUAUCAGAUGGAAUCAUUUCGAGCCUUAAGCUUAGAGAACUUGGUGUUUUUGUUUAUCCUGGAGAUCGACGUUGGACAUUGAGUGCAUCAGGUAUCACGAAUGAGAUCAGUAGCCUGAAGUUGUAUGUGCUUUAUUUUCACUUCCCAAAAGUAGAAAAUCUCGAGCACUUUGUGCAUACAAGCCAGUCGUGGAAGGCAAGAGAGUUGGCUAAAUUCAAUUUUAUUGUUGGACAUGAUUUCAAACGUAUUGUAUCUUUGGUUUCAAAUGAUGCAGAACUCUUGUACAACGAAGGUCAAAGAUGUUUAAGAUUUGUGAAUGGUGAAAGUAUACCUGAUCCGGUGGUAGAGGUAUUGACACGAGCUACUUCUUUUUACUUAGACCAUCACCUGAACAUCUCCAAUCUAUCACAAUUUGGAAUUGACUGCUUUGAUGGCUUAAAAUUUUGCAUACUAAGGGAUUGUCCGGAGCUGGUAGGAAUUUUGGAUAGUCAAGACCAGCGAAGUGCAUUCCUUCCUUUUCUAGAAUACUUGAGUAUCAACUACCUCUGGAACUUAAAAAGAAUUUGGGUUGGUUAUAUUGCAGCAGGAAGUUUUGCUAGGUUAAGAUGCUUAUCGAUUCAUGCUUGUCCAAAAUUGAGCUAUGUUCUUACUUGCCCCAUGCUUGAUAUUCUCCGUAAUUUGGAGGAGUUGGUGAUUGAAGACUGUGUAUCCCUAAAAUAUGUUGUGAGUGAAGACGAGGAUGUCAAAGAGAUCAAGUAUGCUGAUGUAGACAGUGUUUCUGCUCUUGAGUUGUCUCCGCUUCAUAUGUUGAAAGUAUUAAAACUUCAUUAUCUACCAGAGAUGUGCGGCAUUUGGAGAACCCGGUGGCCUCCAUUGGAGUACGUCAGCUUUUACGAUUGUCCCAAGCUCAGAAAUCUUCAUAUGGAAGGGUAUGAUGACACAUUCAUUAAAGAAAUAGCAGCAGAUAAAGGGUGGUGGGAUUCUUUAGAGUGGGACGAUCUUGAACUGUCAAGAAGACUUCUCAAGCACGUGACCGAACUCCAUGUUGAUGAAUUGUAA